AUGAACUCAUUCACUCAAACAGUGGCGGCAGCCGUCCCACAAGCACCAUUAACAGCCGGUAUUAUGCAUAACAACGAUACAAGCAAUAACCUCAUCAACAGCAACAAGAAUAAUAAUAACAACAACAACAAGAAUAUUCCAAGCGCACAAGGUAUGAUCACUCCAGUUUCUUCAGAUAUCGAUGCCACAAACGAUACACCACAGAAUGCAAUGGAUUUUAUUAGAAAUUAUCGUCCUGACCCUAAACUAGAAGAAUUAUACAGAGAUUUUAUUCGCACACAAGGUAUAGAGGCCUUUCUACGAACCAAAAUCAACAAAUCUAUGUCAAAGAAGGAAAUUAGUGUAUUAAUCAUGAAUCUAGGGUACCCUAAAAAGGCACUUGAAGAUUACAAUAUCUUGACUUUGAAAGAACUUGCAAAGUUGUUAUUAAAAUUAAUUUUAGAAGACAAAACAUUAAGACCGGACCAUGAGAAUAAUCUUGAGGGUGAGAAUGAUGAUGACGAUGAUGAUGACGUAGAUGAUGACGGAGAUUCCUCCAUGUCGGAAUCUGAAACUUCUUAUGAAAAAGAAACUGAAAGACGUCCUGGAUCUUUCAAACAGCCUUUAGUGCCACCAUUUAAAUAUCUUUUACCAGAUUUCAUUACUGGGUUGACCAUGGCAAAGAAAAUCGUGGUUAUUACUGGUGCAGGUAUAUCUACCUCUUUGGGGAUUCCAGAUUUCCGUUCAUUCCAAGGUUUGUAUACACAAUUAUCCAAGUUACAAUUAAGUGAUCCUCAAAAAGUGUUUGAUAUGGAAACAUUCAAGAAAGAUCCACUGUUGUUUUAUACAAUUGCUCAUAUGGUUUUACCUCCUGAAGGUAAGUUUGCGUUAUUCCACUCUUUCCUUAAAUUGCUUGAAGAUAAAAACAAAUUACUCAGAAAUUACACGCAAAAUAUAGAUAACUUGGAACAACGUGCUGGGAUUAGUCCUGAGAAAUUAAUUCAAUGUCAUGGUAGUUUCUCUCAUGCUAAGUGUAUCACCUGUGGUGCAAUAUUCAAAGGAGAAAAGAUUUUUAAUCAUAUUAAGAAAUUACAAGUGCCAAGAUGUUCUAAAUGUUGGGAAGAUGUUCAAGAAGCUGAAUUAAUUUAUGGGGUUAUUAAACCUACUAUUACCUUCUUUGGUGAGGAUUUACCAGAAAGAUUUCACCGUCUUCAUUCAAAGGAUUUGAAAAAUGCAGAUAUGGUUAUUGUUAGUGGUACAUCACUUAAUGUCAACCCUGUAGCUGGUCUUGUGGAAAAAGUCCCUAGCCAUGUUCCAAAAAUUCUUAUUAAUAAAGACCAGAUCGAUGAUAUGGGAUCAUUAUUUAAUCUUAGAUUAAUUGGUUUAUGUGAUGAAGUGGUUGCAUGGAUUUCAAAGUGUCUUGGUCUGGAUUGGAAUAUUCCUCAUGCAGAUUAUGAUCCAAAUGGUAGCUUUAGGGUGCAAACGUUGAAUGCCAACACAUAUGAGAUAAAAAAAGUGUAA